CUUACUGUUGCAAAACCACGUUUCUUCACAAAAUCGACAGGCAAAUCAAAAUCCGCCUCCCGUUUUGAAUACUGAGCCCACCAAGCCCCGAUAUAAAUAAGCGCUCUCCCCGGCCCAUUUCUCUCCAUCACCGAACUCACGGCAGUAAAAAAAACCACAUUCCUAGCGAGCGAGAGAACAAAUCGAAGAAAAAUGAGCGGCGGCUGCGGCGGAUCAAAGAGAACAGCCUGGCUGGUGGCGGCGAGCAUCGCGGCGGUGGAGGCGCUGAAGGAUCAAGGGAUCGCGAGGUGGAAUUAUCCGAUCCGGACUUUACACCAGCACGCCAAGAGCAAAGUGACGUCGUAUUGCCAGACGAAGCGGUGCUCUUCCUCCCUGCCGCCUUCUUCCGUCGUCUCCGGCAAGGUGAUCAGAGAGGCCAAUAAGGUGUCUAAAACAGAGAAGAAUAUGAACAGAGUCGUGGAGAUGAACUGCUUCGGCCCUAGCACUGUUAGGUUUUAGAAAUCCUUCAGGUCUGUCUGGUAUUAAUCUCCGAUCCCCAAAUCCAAUGUAUAACAAAAAAAAGCAUUGCUUUUUCUUGGUACAAAUAUGAAAUAUGCGAUUUUAUGCUAUGAAGAUGUUAAAUCUGGAAAUGGUUAAGAUCCCUCCUCAAAUUUUCAUCUUUGUGUUGUAUUGGAUGAGAUGCAAGAAGUAUGAUGACAAUAACAAAAUCAUUAUUAU